GGCUGGAAGCCGCCGUUGCCCCGGAGAUUGCGUCACGGCACGUAGCAGGGUUUUGGUGGGAAUAUGAGUUUCUCCUCCAGACACACGCGUUUAACUUCAAACAUUUAAAACAAAAAAGGUCCGUGAGGUCGGUUUUCUGACACUUAAUGUGACGCCAGGCUGAGCGGCUAUGCGUGCAGCGCGUACCUAGUUUCAUAAAGUUCAGCAGCUCGUCGGGCUGAGCUGGAAAAGUUCACUCUGCCUAUUGUUUGCCAGCAUGCUAUCACGUUAGCCGACGGUGUUUCUGUCUGUGAAGUGAGUUUAUUUAACUUCUACAGCCUGUGUUUGUUUUAAAUAUAUAAAUAUAUAUAUUUAGUUAAGCGGUUACGUUGCUUCCUUUCAUGCUGGUUAUUUAAAACCUUUAACCUGUCGAGAAUCAACAACAACAACAACAAGAUGCCAGAAAUCAAACUCAAACACGUCGUGUCUUGCAGCACCGAGGACACUACUCACAAGGCAGACAACCUGCUGAGCUCUGACACCUACAGAAAGUGGAAAGCAGCGAGAGCCGGAGAGAAACAGACGUCAGUCAUCCUGCAGUUCGAGAAGGAGGAGCAGGUGCACAGCAUUGAUAUUGGAAAUGAAGGGUCGGCGUUUAUCGAGGUGUUGGUUGGGAAUUCUUCAGCUUCAGUCAGAGAUCAGGACUAUGAGGUCCUAUUGGUCACGUCUUCCUUCAUGUCUCCCACGGAGAGCCGUAACGGCACCAACACGAGCCGGGUUCGUUUCUUUGGGCCCAACCAGCUGCAGAAGAGCACGGCACAGGAGAAGUGGGACAGAGUGAAAAUUGUGUGUAGCCAGCCAUACAGCAAGAACAUCGCAUAUGGUCUGGCCUUUGUCAAGUUUCAUUCACCGCCUGACAAAAACGACCCUCUUCCAACAACCUCCCCGAAACUGACAAAGCUGGGACAGUUCAGGGUGAAGGAUGAGCCUCCCUCGCCCGGGCCCAGCCUUCAGCCCGGCAGUCUCUUCUUCAAUCGAGACAAUGCAACAAAGUCCAGCACGUCCCCCAAAGUGUCUCCUCAGAGUCAGAAGCUGAGUUAUGCUGCUGCUGCCCUGCAGGCUGGUGGCAGCUCCCACUCAUCAGGCCAAGCUUCCUCCUCCAGCUCUGCCUCACCUCAGCCACCAACAAAAAGAAAAUUUGAGUUCAGCAAAGAGCGGCAGUCUGCCUCUGGCCCUCCUCCCUCAAAGAAGACAAGUCCGACAGGCUCACCCGAAGGCAAAGCCGCGACCCCCAAACACAAGCCGAGCCCAGCCAGCACGCCAAGUCCGAGCACUGCAAAAGCUUCCGCAGCACAGAAGUCUGCUGACAAGCGGCGAGAGAGCCAGUCCAAACCCGAACCUAAACCCAGACAAAAGAAAGCAAAGCCCGAGAGCGCACAGUCGGUCCCGUUCAAUCGGAUGAUGGAGGGGGUGGUGUUUGUACUCAGCGGCUUCCAAAACCCCUUCAGAGGCGAGCUAAGGGAAAAGGCUCUGGACAUGGGAGCCAAAUACCGACCUGACUGGACCCCAGACUCCACACACCUCAUCUGUGCCUUCGCUAACACCCCCAAGUACAGCCAGGUGAAAUCAGCAGGGGGCAUCAUCGUACGGAAAGAAUGGGUAAUCGACUGCCAUAAGAGGAAACAGAACAUCUCUCAUAAGCGUUAUUUGAUGGAUGGAGCAGAGUCAAGCUCAGAGAGCGAAAUGGAAGUGGACGACGAGAGUGAAGAGGAAAUUAACACAAAGACUCCACAGAAGCAGGAGAGACAAGCGACUCCCAAAAAGACGCCAGAAAAAAGGAAGGAAGACGAUGAGUAUGCUGGCUCCACCGAUGUGGACGAACCAGGAGGUGAUGACGACGAAUCUGCUGUGGACACGGAAGACGAGCUGCAGAGGGUAGAGAACCAGAGCAGACAGAAGAAAGUUACAGCAGAAGGGAAGACUAUAAAAGAGGAGGAUCCGUAUGGGGGGUCGACAGAUGAAAACACAGACGCCGAGGCUGAGCAGGAUCAUCCGAUCCCCGAGCUACCAGACUUCCUGAAGGGAAAACACUUUUUCCUCUAUGGAAAAUUCCCUAACAACGAACGGCGACUACUGUUGAGAUACAUCGUCGCCUUUAACGGAGCAAUUGAAGACUACAUGACAGAGAAGGUGCAGUUUGUGGUGACAAGUGAAGGGUGGCACGACUCCUUUGAAGAUGCGCUGAUGGAGAACAGCAAUCUGAACUUUGUCAAACCCGCAUGGAUUUACGCAAUCAACGAACGACAAAAGAUGCUGCCCUAUCAGCCCUACACCGUCGUCCCCUGAACAGUGCACUGUAUGUACACUCAAAACCUGACCGAGAAGCGAAGGGGAAAGCCAUAGACACACAUUCUUUUUCAGAUUCACUUACUCAAAAGCAAUAAACGGAUUCUAGUUCAUUUACAUUGACUUUUUACUUAAUGAAAUGUUGUCAGUCCUCCAGGUUUUUCACUGCAGAUGUUCUCACCUUUUGGCCAAGCUGGGAUAAAAAGUCUAUUAAAAUGGUGUUUGUUUAGGUUUAGAUGUAUCAUUAGCUUUUUACUUGAAGGUUGUUAGUUCUUGCUUGGCCAGAAAGUUAACAUCUUCAUCAUCUGUGAGUCGCUUUAUGAACAAAGCACACUCUCUCUGAUUCAGGACUUGUUUGAACCUCUCGGUUCGUGUGCUGCAGUUUGUUGCUGUUCACUGCGGCUACCUCAGGCUCUGUCUGGAAAUGAGUUAUCACCCUGUCCUGACUGCCAGCAGCACUGAUAAGACUCUGACUUGUGUGUGUGUGUGAACGGGCAGACCAUUAUGAGACCAUCCCGAAGUCAGGCCAAGAGUUAUUUAAGGCUGUAGCCACCAAAUGCAAAAAUCUGGACUACUAAAUUCUUGAAAUGAAAAUGAAAUGUGUUUUUGUUUUUCUCUUUCUAUUUUAUUAAACAAGUGUUAAAGUGAUGGA